AUGGAUGUAGCUAUUCUAGGCGAUAUCAUUGGUGAAAUCCUCGACGGAAUACCCUCCCUCAAAACAACAUGCUCACGUAUUGGGCUGUUGUCAAAAGACAUUGAUCAACUCGAAAAGCUUCUUAAAGAGAUCAAAGACGAGUUCCCAAGAGAGUGGCAGUACCACGCCCCAGGUGAUGAUCUGCUUUCGCUGCAAAAGGAGCUUAAGCCUGCGGUCAACGAUUUGACCGAUUUGGUGGAGGAACUCUCCGCCGCUGACUUGCGUCGGGAGAGUGACCCUGACCCAUCCCUUUUUUGGAGAUUUCUCUACGUGGUGAUGGAUUACUCGAUUGUCUUCAUAUCGAGCCCUACUCGGAAUCGACUCAGACUCGCUCACAAAAUCAAGAAAGUCAUAGAGGAUCUCCAAGACGUUCCGAGCAAGGUGAAAGGUUUGCUCCCAUCUGAAGAAGCAUGGAAGAAGGGGAGAAAGCUGGACCCUGGAUUUGAUUUAGAAGUGGUUGGGAGAGAAAAGGAAAAGAAGGAAAUCAUAGAUCAACUUAUCUUGCUCCGGACCAAAACUUCUGUUCCUGCAGUUACCAUUGUGGGGGUCGCAGGAAUAGGGAAGACAAAACUUGCACGGUUCGUCUGCGAGGAUGAGGAAGUCAAAGUUCUCUUUGGCUUUCCGAUUUGGGUUCCUGGUAUCCGCGACACUUUUGAUGUGAAAUCCAUUGUAAGAUUUGUCAUUGAAUCAGCUGCAGCAAGAGCAGAAGCAGACAAGAAAUUCUUCAUAAUUCUGGAUUAUGAUUUGAGAGUUGAGAUUCGUGAUGAAGAUCUCACGGCGUUGAAGCGCAACUUAGAGGAGGCUGCAGGUCUAUCUGUUGGGGCUUUACUGAUAACAACACGUAGCAGUAGUCUUGUUGCCAGGAAUAUUGGUUCUAGCUCGUUUAAGCCAUAUGCUUUGCAGGGGCUUGAUGAAGACGAAUCUUGGAAUUUGUUUAAGGCAACUUGGAAUAUUGCUGCUAGCUCGGUUGAGCCUCUUGCUUUGCAAGGGCUUAAUUUGGAGGAUUCGAGUAUCAUGCGAGAUAUCAGAACAAAGAUUGUGGUGCAGUGUGGAGGAGUCCCUCUCGCGAUAAUAACCAUGGCAAGGUUGCUUCACUCUCGUCGUUCCCAAUUUGAAGAAGAAAUUAAAGCAGAAAAAGUAGAUGAAUUGACGAAGGAGUUUCAACAAGAGCUAGCGUAUUCGUACUAUUGCUUCACACAUCGUCACAAACUGUGUUUUGCUUAUUGUUCCUUGUUUCCUAAAGAUUAUGUUAUUGACCCUGAGACAUUAAUUCAUCUCUGGAUGGGGGAAGGAUUUCUCAGCAGUCCCUCGAUUCCAAACCCAGAAGAAACUGGUCGUGGGUAUUUCCGCGAUUUCCUUGAGAGGUCUAUUUUCCAAGACUUGAAAACAGACGAGUUUAAUGUUGUGAGAAGCUGCAGAAUGCACCCACUAAUGCAUGACAUAGCAAGGUUCGUCACCGAUCUGUCCGAUCAGAAGGAGAACAUUACCGUGGAUCCAGAAGGGCAACAAGUUCACGACGGAGUCCUGCGAGCCUCAUUUGAUUUCAGCUUAGACGUUUCGGGCGGAAUUCCAGCUUCCCUUUUUGACGAGGCAAAGAAACUGAGGACCAUUCUAUUGGUAGCCAAGACACAGACGCGACUACCACAGGAGUUGAAGAUGAGCACGUCAACUUGUGAAAAGAUCUUCGACAGCUUUAAGAGCCUGCGUAUGUUGGAUCUCCAUGACUUGGGACUCAAGAAAGUGCCCAACUCUAUUGGGGAGCUGAAGAACUUAAGGUAUCUAAAUCUGUCCCUGAAUAACAUGGAGAAGCUCCCCGGUUCUAUUACCCAGCUUUCCCUCUUGCAGACGUUGAAACUGUCUCAGUGUCACCUGCUCAAAGAAUUGCCAAAGAACUUUGAGGAUCUAAUUAGCCUCAGGCAUCUUGACAUAGAGGGAUGUCUGGGUCUCACUCACAUGCCUGCCAAAAUAGACAAGCUGAGUUCUCUACAGACAUUGUCACUUUUUGUGGCUAGCAAGAGCUACCCCAUGGGAGGCCUUGGGGAACUCACGAGUCUCAACAACUUGAGGGGGAACUUGGAAAUUUGGCAUCUUGAGCGACUGAAAUCCCCUGCAUCGCAAGAACGGUAUUUGAAAGGGAAACAACACCUUCAGCACCUGACAUUAAGAUGGAAUCACGAGGAUGAGCAGGCUAAAGGCACAGACAAGGAUUCACUGGCAUGUCUUGAGCCACAUGAAAAUCUCACAGUGCUAUUUGUUGUGGGUUACAAUGGUCCCACUUUUUCUGAUUGGCUCUCUUCCAUUCAACACCUUGUUAAGUUCAGCUUGAACGACUGUCCCCAGUGCCAAUUUCUCCCACCACUGGAUCAGCUCCCAUUCCUCAGGGUUCUCGAACUUCGGAGGUUGGACAAUCUGGAUUUCAUUGCUGAAAACUCUGACAAUACCAGUGGUGAUAAUGAAGGCUCCUCUUCAUCUAUUUCCAAUAAAUGUAAACCAUUCUUUCCAUCCUUGAAGGAACUUAUAAUCUCGGAUUGCCCUAAACUCAGAAGUUGGUGGAGAGAGGAGAAAAGGGAAGAAGAUAGACAAUCCUUUGCCUGCAUUUCCAAACUAAAUAUCCAAAGCUGCCCUAAGCUAGAUUGCAUUCCCCGUUAUCCUCAUCUCGAUGAAGAGCUGGUCCUGGUGAAUUCCAGCGUAAGAUCAACGUGGGACACAGCGCGUGCUAAAACUUCGGAAGCCUCUGUUCCCUUCUCCAAAUUGAAGUCCAUGCAAAUUGCGCGUAUUGAACAAUUCCCACAAGAUAGUUGGCUUGAAAACUUCACUUCCCUUGAGAACCUUCACAUUCGAGAGUGUUCUCACUUAAAGUCUCUACCCCAAGGUUUCCAGAGUCUGAGUUCGCUCCAGCAUCUCACAAUUGAGAGAUGUCCAGCGUUAACUUCUCUGCCCGAGAGCAUAGGCAACCUCAAAUCACUUGAUAGACUGGUGAUUUCUGAAUGCAACGAUUUGACUUCACUUCCCAAAGAAAUGGAAAAUCUCAAAUCUCUGAAUACCUUGAUCAUUUUGGACUGCGCCUACCUAUUGCCAAGGUGUCAGCCGAAAACCGGCGAUGAUUGGCCACAAAUUUCUCAUAUACCACAUAUCCAGGUGAAGGUAACUUCUCAAGACUUCUAGGACUUGAGAAAUCAAGCGAAGACUGGUUCAGCUUGUUCUUGCGGGUUUUUUUAAGGAGGGAGAAGAUGAUGGAUGC